CUUCGGCAACCGUGGGCGCGGCGAGGGAGGGCAGGCCAGACCAAGAGCGCCCGCCCUGCCCAGUCGUACUCUGAUACCCAGUGUGUUCUAGCCGAGGACGACGCCCGGGUUGUUUCGGAAUAACUGUUGUCGUUCAGUCGUCGCAACCAUGAAGGCGCCGAUGCUUGUGGUGCUGUUGCUGGCAGUCGCCAUGACUGUCACUCAUGCCAAGAAGGCGAGCAGCGACCUCCACAAGAAGCACAUCGCUGCCAUCGAGGAGAAGCUGGAGCAGCUGAUGGAGAUGGAGGCCGAGCUGGAGAACGAGAUCGCAGAGGAGGAGGCAUCCUAUGAUGAAGAGACGGAAGAGGAAGAAGUGGCAGAUGAGCCCCAGGAGGAAGUGGAAGAGGAGGAGGAGGAGGAAGAGGAAGAGGUAGAAGAGGAAGAGGACUCCCAGCCACAGUACGAACCCUCGGAGGAGUACGAUCCCCCUCAAGACCCCUGCAAAGAGAUGUUCUGCGGCGCCGGCAGGACGUGCGUGGUCACUCCCCAAGGGGAAGCAGAGUGCGAGUGUGUGAAGGAGUGCGAGCCAGAGCUGGACACUCGCAGGAAGGUGUGCAGCAACCACAACGAGACGUGGGAAUCCGACUGCGAGAUGUACCGCCAGCGCUGUCUGUGCGAGGACGAGGAACCGGGCUGCAAGAAGGAGGAGUACGCCCACGUCCACAUCGACUACUACGGGGAGUGCCAGGAGCUUCCGGAAUGCGAGACCUCCGAACUGGAGGACUUCCCCCGCAGGAUGAACGAGUGGCUCUUCAACAUCAUGCGCGACAUGGCAGACCGUCAGAUCCUGAGCGAGCACUACCUCCAGCUGGAGAAGGAAGCCGAGGACAACCCCACCAAGAGAUGGACCAACGCCGUCGUCUGGAAGUGGUGUGAGCUCGACGCCCACCCCAGGGACAGGGCCGUGUCUCGCCAUGAGCUGUUCCCCAUCCGCGCUCCCCUCGUCGCCCUCGAGCACUGCAUCGGGACGUUCCUCGACUCCUGCGAUCCCGACGACGACCACUACAUCACCCUCAAGGAAUGGGCCAAGUGCACGCAUCUGACUGAGGAACAUCUCAAUGAGCUGGAGGAUAUGUGCGAGGAAAUCCGCGAGCAGUAAAAGGCAACACUGAAACAAGUGAACAUCGUCGAACCUCUUGUUGCCACAAAUCAUCACCCACUAUAAAGGUUCCACGACCUUAUAUAGAUACUUUAAACCUUUGAUGGUGUUUGAAUCUAUUGAAUUAGACAUGUCCAUUGUUUAAUCUCUCAUCUGCUAUUGGAAAAUGCAGUGAUGCCAUACUUAUGUCCCAAUUUUAGCUUUACGAAUCUAAAAUGCUGGUCAGUAUGAUACUUAAGGUUAACUAUAAACCGCAUAAGGAGGCUGCAAAAAUGUUCUAUCUCCUUUCUAGUAAUAAAAUAUCCUGUUAAGAAUGUUCCACUCUUGUUUGUUAUAUUUUAACUUUACACUAAGAACUAGGAUAAAUUCCAUACAUAAUCCAACAGCAGAUAUGACGUAAGGAAAGUAUAAGGAACGUAACUGAUUUUACUGAAUUUAUGAAUGUAAAACUUUUGAACCACACUGCCAAUUUGCUUUAUGUUUUAUUUUUCAUUUCAUAGUUAUGUAAUUAUUAAGUCAUUAUGGUGCUUUAAGUAAUUAGGUGCUAUUCCCAAUUAGUGUACAUUUUUCGGCAUUAUUCGUUAGUGAUAGUACGAAUUGUUGAUUGUAAUAAAUUGUGUAUGAAAGCAAAAUUAAUAAACAAGCAUUUUUUUUCUAA